UCGUACCCACGACCUGAACCUACACUCUUGCCUACUAAUCUCUUAUGAGGUCACGAUAUACCUUGCAUCACGUCAAUCAGCAUACUGUAUUCUGAGCUGUGUAGCACAUAGGUGGUGAAAGAUAACAAUAAACAACGCCAAACGAAUGGUGUGUCGACGCGUCAAUGCAAAAUUGAACCGUGGACUUCUCGACUACCACACACGUGUCAGGCUGCGCACCACAGAUAGGCACGUUGAUUCAACGCAACUUGACUCCGCAGCCGUUUGCCCUUCGCACACCACCACCAUCGUUCCCUACAAUCAUAGCACGCUACUGUUCGAGACAUCCUAAGAUCUUUUUGCUCAUCUUCACAUCACCAUGGCGCCGUGCUCUCUUCGUUCCUGGUGGCGUUCGUUGCGGGGUUCUCAACCUCCGAGUGGCAAUGUUGGUGUGAUAUUCCCCACCGAAGCCACUUCUUCAGGUGCUCCGGACGCGAUCGUCCCUACACGGGCUUCAGAUGAUUGCUUAGAUCCUACCGAGGCCAAAAAGCAGAUUGAUCGCAUCCCUUCUCAAGCCCCGAGUGGCAAUGCUGUCAUCUCUACACGGGCUUCAGACGAUCGCUUGGAUCCUGCCGAGGCCAAAAAGCAGAUUGAUCGCAUCCAUUCUCAAACACUGAAUCGCAACGCUGGUAUAUUACUCCCCACUGAAGCCACUUCUUCAGUUGCACCGGAUGCAGUCGUCCCUACACAGGUUUCGGACUAUCGUUUAGAUCCUACCGAGGCCAAAAAGCAGAUUGAUCGCAUCCCUUCUCAAACACUGAGUCGCAACGCUGGUAUAUUACUCCCCACUGAAGCCACUUCUUCAGUUGCACCGGAUGCAGCCGUCUCUACACAGGUUUCGGACUAUCGUUUAGGUCCCACCCAGGCCAAAAGGCGGAUUGAUCACAUCCCUCGUUUUCGCAUUCUUGUCAUGGGCAGAGCAAAUGCGGGUAAAACGACUGUUUUACAGCGGGUCUGUAACACUACGGACCAGCCCGAGAUCUUCGAUGGAAACGGAGAGAAGGUUGAUACUGGGGCGGUGGAGGGUUCACUGGGGCGUGGCUACCAUAACAUUGAAGAUGAGCUAGUGUUUAAAAGUAACCCGCGCUUUGUGUUCCAUGACUCAUGUGGAUUUGAGGCGGGGAGCGAGGCAGAGUUUGAUGAGAUGAAGAAAUUUGUUAUAGAUCAAGCAAAGUCCACAAAACUGGAGAAGAGAAUACAUGCAAUUUGGUAUUGCAUUCCAUUGAAUGAAAGGCAUAGGAUGGUCACGGCUGCUGAAAGGAAGUUCUUUAAUGAGUGUGAUUCAGGACAUGUUCCUGUGAUUGUGCUACUAACAAAGGCAGACACCUUGUAUCUUGAUGCAUUCCAGGAGCUCAGGAGAAGUGGGUUAACUGGAGAUGAUGCAAAGAAAAAGGUGCCAGAGGUAGAAAGACAGCUGCAAAAGAGCUGUCUGGAAAAGAUCAAAGGGUGGCUGAAUGCACUGAAGUUUCCACCUCAAAGCUACCUGAUGCUCACUGGCAUGGAACAGGAGAGUGCAGAUUGUGAAGAGUUAUUGAGAUGCACAGCAAAUACUUUGACAGAGGAAGGGCUGCAAGGACUGCUUAUAUCAUCACAGCAGUCAAACUUGGGACUCUGCAUGGAAUUUGCCAUAAUGGAGACAUUGAAGAGGGCCAUGAUCAAAGUGGUUGAUCAGAACCUGGGCAGCUUACAAUAUGAGCUUGCAUCAUGGUUCCCAUUUGUGGUGUGUGAAAUUCUGCAAGACUAAGUUUAGCUGAUACUAAAGGUGAUUGUGGUUGUUGUGUUGGAC